AUGCCUGCUGCAAGAGAAUCCUCCUCUUCUCUCAAGAUAUUGAUGUUACACGGAUAUACUCAAAAUGGGCCCCUUUUUCAUGCAAAGACUCGUGCAAUGGAGAAGAACCUCAACAAAAUCUUUCCAGGGAUAUCAUUGAAUUAUCCGACCGCACCGUUACAACUGAAGCCUAGAGAUGUACCGGGAUACCAACCUAGCACUGACGGAGACCCGGAUAGCCUCGAAGCUUACGGUUGGUGGCGUCGUUCAGAUACCUCCGAUCCACCCGACUAUUAUGGUCUUGAUCAAGGUCUAGCAUCAGUGGCUAAGAUUCUUGAGUCAGAAGGUCCUUUUGAUGGUAUAAUAGGGUUUUCACAAGGAGCAGCAUUAGCAGCAAUGGUUGCCUCUCUCCUCGAGGGAAGUCUGAGGGAGGAAGCAUUCAGUAAAGCACAGGAAAAAUCAAAGUUCGCUAUAGAUUAUCCGCCCGCUUUUGCGAAUUUAGAGCACCCACCAUUGAAGUUCUGUGCAGCAUAUUGCGGUUUCAGAGCGCCAGGUGAGCGAUAUACCGCAUUUUACGAAGGACCCCAUAUCCAGACUCCCAUGUGUCACUUUAUUGGCAGUCUGGACACCGUGGUCGAGGAGUCACGCACACAGGCUCUGAUUGAUGCCGCUGGAGGCGCAGAAAAAACGCAAGUUGUGGUACACCCCGGAGGACACUUCGUCCCAAACGGGAAACAGUAUCUUGACACAAUAGCAGCAUUCAUCAAGCAGACCACGACCUCGAAUAAGGUAGAAACUGGGAGGGAGGAAGAGCGAGUGGAAGACAUGGAUGUCCCAUUUUGA